GACGUUCAUGCUGUCCGUCACCUCGCUCACUGAUCCCAAUCCAGGAACAUGGGUCGUCAUAGCUGGCCCGGAGAAUACAACAGUGACUCUGACAUCGCCCGCUUACAAGGAACCUAAAUCCGCUGUGAUAGGGGUGGGGAACAGCAUCAGUAUCCCCCUCACGUCCAGUGUCAUAUAUGGGGAAAGUGGCGUUGUAGAGAGCAAAGGUCUUCAAGUCCUUGCUGACGAGGACGUGUCAGUGCAAGUCGUCGCCAGUAUGUCUGAAGGCAACACAGAAGGCUUCCAGGCACUUCCUAAGAGUGUCUGGUCAGAUGAAUACUUUGUAUCGUUGUACACGGUCGCCGCUGGCCGCUCCUCGUUUGUUACUGUUGCUGCUUAUGACGAUGACACCUCCGUGAACAUAACAAUAAAAACCUUUGAUGGACAGACAUCGUGCAGUGGGAUCACACUUGACCAUGGACAGACAUUGCAUAUAACGCUAAAGUCUAUGGAUGUUUGGGGAGUCCGAUGUGACAAAGACCUCACAGGUACAUAUAUCAAAAGUGACAAGGCGAUAUCUGUUGUGGCGGGGAUGUUUGAUGCAAAUCGCUUCUUCGUGGAGAUGAUGAUACCGGUGCAGCUGUACGGUGUCAAGUUUGUCCUCCCGAACAUCACUGAUGUAGACAUUGUGUUCAGGGUUGUCGCUUCUCAGGACUACACUGAAGUCAACACAUGGAAGUCAGCGUACACUGUCAUGGACACGGGUCGCUAUGUGGACAUUAAUAGGAAGACUGCAGAGACUAUGUGUGUCAGUACUUCUAAGCCAGUCCAGGUUCAGAUGCUGCUGUGGUCAUCUGACUCAAAUGUAACGUCAUUUAUGAUCACAAUAGCUCCAAUAGACAGAUACAUGACGGCUUUCAGGAUCCCGCCAAGUCCUGCGACUGUGGGUCAACGGUUGAUGCUUUACGUCACGGAGAAAGGGAAUAAACAACUGCUCAAAAAUCAGCUUCAAAAUGCGAGAGUUGUUGAAGAGCAGGAUUGUUGCAGAUACGUUAUUUUGGCUGGAUCUGAACAGGUUUAUGGGCAUUUAACAUUGAAUCUGACGUUCCCAGUAAUGAUCGUGCUGUACAGUGUUCAAGUUGGUGGUGCUGAAGGCCACAGCGCUGGAUUCAAUAUGGGAUCGCCUACAUGUCCAACGGAGAAGGGUUAUCAAUAUGAUUCGAGUAGCAAGUUUUGUUUCAAGGUAGAGACAACAGAAGCCACGUGGUCAGACUCUGAACAACAGUGUGAAUCGUGGCUUCAUCACUAUCUGGCCACGCUAGACGCGGAAGCGAAACACGUGGCUGUGGAAGCCUUCAUUAGAAAAACACCUGAUGCCUUUGCAAGUAGAGGCGUGUGGACAGGGGGACACGUCGGCCACAAUGCUGUAUGGACGUGGCCGAACGGGGUGUCGUUCUCAAAUAUGUAUUUAAACUCGUAUAUAUUCCAGCCGGAUGGAUCUGCCUCCUGCUUAUCAAUGUUUAAACUGUUCAAUUACAAAUGGGAUGACCUCUGGUGCACAACCCCCCUCCCACACACGUGCGAAUUAAGACUUGAAGCGUUGACUUCCGUGCGGCUGUGGGAGACACGGUCUUCAUAUGAGAAUCCUGACUGCGCCUCUAGCGACGGCUACAGCUACUUUUCAUAUGGUGACGUAUGCAUCAAACCGCACACCGCCGCUCUGAGCUGGACCAAUGCCAACUCCCUGUGUCAGGCUCAUGGUGGGCGACUUGUCAAAGUGGAUUCUCUGUGGAAGUCGGCACUAAUUACCUCAUUUGCUAAACGCUUUCUGGAAAGCAGAUUCUUCGUUGGCGGAUCCAGACAGUACACACCCAACUCUGAGUCUGCGCACUUCGUGUGGACGGACUGCUCGCCUCUUGUUUUCAACUUUUGGUCUAAGGGGGAACCGAACAGUAAUCUGGGACUCGAAGACUGCGUGGAAUCCACAGAAGUGGGCUUCAAUGAUAUCUCAUGCACACGGAUAUUGAUGUUCAUUUGUGAAAAGACAGAGGAAACACAGUUCGUGUUAAAAGCCAACGAUGACACCUGUCUUGGACCUGCUUCUAGUCUGGUUUCUUCUGCUGGUCUCACCACCACUACUGCUGCUGCUUCUACUACAACAGCAGCUGACCUCACCCCUACUACCACAGCAGCUGGCCUCACCCCUACUACCACAGCAGCUGGCCUCACCCCUACUACCACAGCAGCUGGCCUCACCCCUACUACCACAGCAGCUGGCCUCACCCCUACUACCACAGCAGCUGGCCUCACCCCUACUACCACAGCAGCUGGCCUCACCCAAACUACCAUAGCAGCUGGCCUCAGCACUGCUACUACUACUCCUGCUAUGACGACCACAGCAGCUGGCCUCACCCAAACUACCACAGCAGCUGGGCUCACCCGUACUAUCACAGCAUCUGGUUCUACCCCUACUAAUACAGCAGCUGGCCUCACCAUGACUACCACAGCAGCUGGCCUCACCAUGACUACCACAGCAGCUGGCCUCACCAUGACUACCACAGCAGCUAGCCUCACCCCAACUACUACAGCAGCUGGCCUCACCCCUACUGCUACAGCAGCUGGCCUCACCCCAACUACCACAGCAGCUGGCCUUAGCACUGCUACUACUACUCCUGCUAUGACUACCACAGCAGCUGGGCUCACCCCUUCUACCACAGCAGCUGGUUCCACCCCUACUACUACUACUCCUGCUAUGACUACCACAGCAGCUGGCCUCGCCCCUACUACCACAGCAGCUGGUCUCAGCACUGCUACUACUACUCCUGCCCCUGCUGCUUCUGCUACCACAGCAGGUGUGUCAGCUGCGACGUCUCCUGACUGGACUCCCCCGGGAGAGUGGAACAUCAGCUCCUGGGACAAGAAUUGGGUUGUGACGCUCGGACCUUGGAGGUUUGAGCGAGUGUCGGCCAGAUGGAAGAGACUGGUUUGUCGAUGUGCCUGCGUUCCCAAACGUCUUAAUACUUUGUCUCCAUCCGGCGUUGAAGCAGUGAAAGAAAACUUCGAGAACAAACUUUUACUGAAUGAUAAGAAGCUAACAAAGGCUGUGGCAAAAUACAACAGUGCGAAGGAUGCUAGACUAUCAGCACAUGGAAUGGGAUACAGUGGCAUGUGCUUGAUAAGCCUGCCUAUCAUUCUCGUUGUCCUCUCUGACGUCAUCACGUGCUUUAGCUUGUCACCCAAAAAUAAAGAAUGAGUUCACUUCGUCGCACAGACUACGACGCCAUAUUUUCAACGAGUGGUGUAUUGACACUAGACUUGCGCUAGAGUUCAAUAGUCCGUCAGAGUGCGUGUGAACAAUAUUAGGUAAAUGAUGUGGAGACAUUGUUAUUUUGAUAACAACAGCGCGCGUAAGCACGAGAGUCUUCGACGUGAAGUAUUUUAUAGUGAUUAUAAGCAUACUAUAAAAUGGGUACAAUGUCUCUCCUUCUAGGAGUGCAUGUCUUGACAACAUCUGGAUCCACUCGUGUAAUAUAUUAUGGGUACAAUGUCUCACCUAGAAGUGCAUGUGUUGACAACACCUUGGUUCAUUUGUGUAAUAUAUUAUGGGUACAAUGUCUCUCCUCCUAGGAGUGCAUGUCUUGACAACAUCUGGAUCCACUCGUGUAAUAUAUAAUGGGUACAAUGUCUCUCCUUCUAGAAGUGCAUGACUUGACAACAUCUGGAUCCAUUCGUGUAAUAUAUAAUGGGUACAAUGUCUCUCCUUCUAGGAGUGCAUGUCUUGACAACAUCUGGAUCCACUCGUGUAAUAUAUAAUGGGUACAAUGUCUCUCCUCCUAGGAGUGCAUGUCUUGACAACAUUUGGAUCCACUCGUGUAAUAUAUUAUGGGUACAAUGUCUCUCCUCCUAGGAGUGCAUGUCUUGACAACAUCUGGAUUUACUCGUGUAAUAUAUAAUGGGUACAAUGUCUCUCCUUCUAGGAGUGCAUGUCUUGACAACAUCUGGAUCCACUCGUGUAAUAUAUAAUGGGUACAAUGUCUCUCCUCCUAGGAGUGCAUGUCUUGACAACAUCUGGAUCCACUCGUGUAAUAUAUAAUGGGUACAAUGUCUCUCCUCCUAGGAGUGCAUGUCUUGACAACAUCUGGAUCCACUCGUGUAAUAUAUAAUGGGUACAAUGUCUCUCCUCCUAGGAGUGCAUGUCUUGACAACAUCUGGAUCCAUUCGUGUAAUAUAUAAUGGGUACAAUGUCUCUCCUCCUAGGAGUGCAUGUCUUGACAACAUCUGGAUCCACUCGUGUAAUAUAUAAUGGGUGCAAUGUCUCUCCUUCUAGGAGUGCAUGUCUUGACAACAUCUGGAUCCACUCGUGUAAUAUAUAAUGGGUACAAUGUCUCUCCUCCUAGGAGUGCAUGUCUUGACAACAUCUGGAUCCACUCGUGUAAUAUAUAAUGGGUACAAUGUCUCUCCUUCUAGGAGAGCAUGUCUUGACAACAUCUGGAUCCACUCGUGUAAUAAAUAAUGGGUACAAUGUCUCUCCUUCUAGGAGUGCAUGUCUUGACAACAUCUGGAUCCACUCGUGUAAUAUAUUAUGGGUACAAUGUCUCUCCUUCUAGGAGUGCAUGUCUUGACAACAUCUGGAUCCACUCGUGUAAUAUAUAAUGGGUACAAUGUCUCUCCUUCUAGGAGUGCAUGUCUUGACAACAUCUGGAUCCACUCGUGUAAUAAAUAAUGGGUACAAUGUCUCUCCUUCUAGGAGUGCAUGUCUUGACAACAUCUGGAUCCACUCGUGUAAUAUAUAAUGGGUACAAUGUCUCACCUAGAAGUGCAUGUGUUGACAACACCUUGGUUCAUUUGUGUAAUAUAUGGUGGGUACAAUGUCUCUCCUUCUAGGAGUGCAUGUCUUGACAACAUCUGGAACCAUUCGGGUAAUAUAUUAUGGGUACAAUGUCUCUCCUUCUAGAAGUGCAUGUAUUGCACGCAAUAAUUUUAUUUCGUAUUAAAUUACCUACAUGUUAAGUUUCUAUUUAUAAAAUACGUUUUUUAAUAUACUGUUAU